AGUGUGGCUCUACGAAGAAGAUGAUCACGAUCCCUCUGCUAGUUUGAUGGAUCUUUCAAGCAAGAGCACCCUCUAUCCUUCGUCUUGCCUGUCUUGCUUCAAGUUUUCCUCCUGCUUCAUAUCUUGCGUCAUCAAUCUAUUACUAUUUGCCAAAUGCAAAUAUAGAACCUAAAUCCAUCCUUGCCCUCUGCUUGUUCUUGUUGCAUUGUCUGACUCAUUGUAUUCUUUCUUGAUUUUUUUUCUGAUUUUCACUUGUUCGACGUCGACUGAUUAGAUCUCCACGUCGCAUAUUCGCCUGCGCUCUAUAUGCAAAUAUAGCCUUAGUAUAAGUUUUUGAAUCAAGAUCAACAAAAUGGGUAGCGACGAGAGUGGAAGAAAAGCCGCAGUGCUCUGUGCAGCCGCUGGUGCGGUUGCACUUGGUGGAUUGGCAACCUAUUAUGCACUUAAAUCAAGAAGGAAAGUCGGCGAUGGCUCUUUUCCAGAAGGAAAGGUAAGUACCUACUAGUAGAGCUACACAACUCAUUUACUAAUACUACCUGCUUCUCGAUUGUUUAACAUGAUUUACAAGUAGACGAUAAAAGUAUAAAACUCCAGCUUAGUAAGAAAAACCUUUGACUUUAGAUAGUCUUUCUUUUUCCUUCAUCGAAAUUAAGCAACCAAUCUCUCAACUUCAACAAAGGUAAGCGCCGAGCAAAUGGUGCAACUUCUCGAGGAGAUAGUAGCAUCACAAUACGAGAUGAAGACCUUGAUGGAUAGGCUCAACGUUGAAAUACAACAGGGAGACUUGUCAUUUCCACAAAUUUGCGAGCUUGUCGACAACAGAAAGCCUAGGGACCUCCUUGUCGAGAAGGGAAUCUCGAUCAAGCGGUUUACGAGUACUUACUACUUAUGACAAUUUGUGAGGCGUUACUACCAGGCUACUCGUCAACUGAAAAGGAAUUAACAGGCGUCAGAAGAUGAGGCGCGGAAGCAUGCGCCGGGCGCGACCCGAGCAGCGACUCGCACGCACGCGACCUCAGAAAGGAGCGCUAGACGGCCCAGCGCCUGCUGGCGAUUUGCCAGGCUUGAGCAUGCGCAGUGAUAGAGACACAGCCGCAGCACGCCGUGGCGCAUCUGCUGCGUGUUUUUGUGUCCCGCUCCCUGUAUUUCUCCAGCGAAAAAACUCCAGGGACAGAGGUGAGGGCAGGGCUGAAAGGCUGCAGUGGCAGAGGGGCAAGCAUGCAGCGCCGUCGCGUGUGUGGUUUCUUUGUCUAGCGGUCUGCUGGGACAAAGGCGGGCCUUGGGGGGUGGCUCAGCCUUGGAAGCGGCGGCGGGGCUCGGGUCGUUCCUUCGCUUACAGUCGAGGCCGACCGAGAAAACCUGUGGCAGGUCUUGGGUGGAGGUUGUCGAACGCGCGCAAUGUGUAUAAAUUUCGCGCGCCGCCGGGACAGGUGGGGGACUUCCUUCACAGAGUGAGGCCGCGAGAAUCGUACCAGGGCUGGCCUCCUUGGUGGCUGGUGCGGCGUGGUGAUAUGAAUGGGCGGCAGCAUGCUAGCGCCUGCCGCGCUGCAGUCGCAGGAAAGCCACAGGCCCAAGAUACCCCACCUCCUCCUUCCCUCCAUCGCAUGCAUUUCCCACUGAAAAGAACAAAAUAAGGUUCGCGCUUAUUGGGUGGUUGCGUAGACAGCUCCAUAACCUUUCUGCGAAGCAACUACAACUCAUGCUCAAAUUUAUCAAACCAGGCCUCCUAGAGGAGUUUAGUGGGAACCCAACAAUCCGAGCAAAAGUGGUGAACCUGACACAAGCGACUGCGGAUAGCACUUCAGGGUCAUCUAAGGUAUUAUGAUCUUUGAAUAAAAGAUACCUCCAUGUCGAAGAUGUCAAUAGAGUACAACAAGUAAGCUCUUCCUCAACAUCACUACGACAUCCAUCGUGCUAAAAAACAUCUUCCUGAUGCCCCAACAUGAUCAAACCAGGUGGUAAUCACCCCAGAGCAGGCAGCGGCGUUGGCGCAGAACUUUACAGUCAAAGAUGUAGUGCAGAUCCACGAAUUUAUGCUAGACGAGCUGCACAAAAUAAUGCAAUCAAAAGACGGGUCCUUGAUGGCGAAGUACACUUCUCGCGUCGCAACGAUCAGCUCGCAGGCGUACGUUGGAAAACUCGUCAAAGCAAAGUACUUCUAAAAGAAUUUUCACCAGAUUAUAAGACCGUUCUCGAUUCUGCUACUGCUGGAGCUGCUUCGAUGACAAAGAUAAUAUACUUCGACUCCCCACUUCCUUGCAGCAGUCUAUUCCAAUUUCUUUCCGACAAUAUUGUGCCCACAGGUAUAACCUAACAUCCGAGCAGCUUGAAGCGUUGGUUACGCACUACAACACAGCGCUAGGAUCGGAUCAGCGGUUUUUCGAGUUAGGCAUCGAAAUGCGGGAGGCGGUUCAAAAUCUGGUGAAACAUUUUUCGGCUGCUGAAGCAUAA